ACUCGCCCGCUUCGAGCCUCUGUGUCUCAAUGCUGUCGCCCGUGCAGCCAUGUCCCAGGAGAAGCCCAAGGAGGGUGUGAAGACGGAGAAUGACCACAUCAACCUGAAGGUGGUGGGGCAGGAUGGCAGGGUGGUGCAGUUCAAGAUCAAGAGGCACACCCCGAUGAGCAGACUGAUGAAGACCUACUGCGAGAGGCAGGGAUUAUCAAUGAGACAGAUUAGAUUCAGGUUUGAUGGGCAGCCAAUUAAUGCAACGGACACUCCAGCCCAGCUGGAGAUGCAGGAUGAGGACACCAUCGACGUGUUCCAGCAGCAGACGGGAGGCAUGGCCUCCAGAGGGACCACCCCACACCCUGCGAUCGUCCUUGCAUUUGUUAUUGAAUGGUGAGCGACCACGCUGAUCACAGAGGAGUCCGAGAAAGACAAGGACAGGCACCGAAACGAUCCUCGAAGCCCUUCAAGUGCAGCUCAAAACUCUGCAGGGAUGAGUCUACAGCUUCCAUUGGGCCAAUCACAUUGUUCUCUUUGUGAAAUGAGUUUUAAGGUUUUGGGUUUGUUUUUGUUCUCGGUUUUGUUCAUUGCCCCUCUCAAGACAUGUUUUCCUUCAAACUUGUGGCCAAAUGUUGGCUUCAGUCUGUGGCCAGGCUCUCACCCCUGGAGAAGUGGUCACUACUGGAGCUACUUGUCCGAAUCCCACGGAGAGCUCAUGUUCACACUGUGCAUCAGUGGGAGAGUGUGGGGGGUGGAAUUCCACCAGGCGCAUUAUUAAAAUUCUAAAAGCUGCAAAUGACAGACUUCAUCAAGCAUAUGGUAUAGUUGAAGGCAAAAUACUGGAAUACUUCUUCAAAGGUAAAAA